AUGCGUGACGGGUUUCUUGUUGACCUUACAUUAUUUAUUUUAUUCUUGCUUCGAUUGCUAAAAUGUCAGACUAUCGAUGCACCAGAACCUCCGCCUAGCGUCGGAGCGCUUCUUGAUCCCAACUCGACUAAUGAUAACGAAAUCUUAAUCAGUUAUCUUGCUGCUGUGUCACGGUUAGAUGAACAACCUGAAGAGUUCAUGAAAGCUAUCAGCAUUGCUCGAACGCGAGGAUCUGAUUCAUCAUCGUCGUCGUCCCCUUUUCAUGAUGAACGAUUCAAACAAAUCUACACGAUGUUCAACUGCUUCAGCACAGAUUUUGAUGGCUCGAUGAUAUCUGGUGCUUUGCAUGUGGCCGUAAAUGAAAUCAAUGCGGACCCAAAUUUAUUGCCCAAUCAUCGUCUCACUUACAUUUUUGAUAACACCUGCGGCAAAGAGAAGCAAAGCACACAAUACUUUAUGGAUCACUGGAAGAUGGGUGCGCGUGUGUUCAUAGGUCCCGAAAUGAACUGUCGCACAGAAGCAACAAUGGCAGCAGCACAAAAUUUACCGAUCAUUAGUUACAAGUGCAAAGAUCAGACAGUAUCGGAUAAGAAAAAGUACAACACUUUUGCGCGCACAGUUCCUGCUGAGACAGAUAUUGUAAAAGCGUUUAUUGCGUUAUGCCGUGAAUACAGUUGGAAGAAGUUUGCGAUCAUCUACGAGGAGCACCCUGCUCAUGAAGAGCUUUACUUAGCGCUUCGGCAAGCAAUAGACCAAGAAAAUGGGCGUAUGGACAUUGAUGAAACUCGUUAUUCCGUGCAGAAUGUUUCGAAAGUGAUUCGCUUCAGCGAAGUUCAGUCAGAAAAGCUCGUUGACAGUGUCAUUGAGCAGACGAAGGAUAUGACGAGAUUGUACGUCACAUUUGGGAACGUACGCUUGUUUCGAAAAAUUUUGAUGUCGAUGGGCAAAUUGGGCCUGACUGACUCGCAGCAGUACCUGCUGAUUUAUCUCGAUCCCGACUACAACUGGCUAAACGUAUAUCAUGCGAUGAAUAAUCACUUUUUCCGAAACACAAUGAUAGACUUGGAAUCAUCUUGGGACGUGAGUAACUCUUCUGACCAUCGCAUUAUUGGUUAUUCGCGAGCAGCAUUGGCCAUCAUUCCAACUCCGGUUGAGCUGAACUCUGCAAGAUUUAAAAAGUUCUGGGAGCAAGCUGUAAAAGAUCUGUCAAAUUUCGGUAUUAGCAAACAUGAGCACACCUGGUCGAUCAAGGUCAAUCGAUUCGCUUGCUAUCUGUAUGAUGCUGUAUAUUUAUACGCUCGAGCAUUGCAUGAACUCAUUGAAGAAACGUCAGAAAGGCAGGCACACGGAUACGAUCCAACUCGGGACGGAGCAGCGAUCAUUAACAAAAUCUUGAACAGAAAGUACUCGAGUAUGCAAGGCUUUGACAUGCGUAUUAAUGAACAUGGUGAUGCGAAGGGCAAUUACACGCUACUGUCGUGGCAAGAGGUUGAACCCGUUAAAAGCAAAACCGACGGCAACUACUACCCUCUUGAUCAUGCCCUCGAUAUUACGGCUAUGUUCGUUGAUGGCGGUGAAGGGCAAAAUAAUAUGCCCGAACUCGUAUUCAAUAAACCUAUCUUGUGGAUAGACGGGCCUACAAGAGACCAGCCGGAUUGCGGGUUUCAUGGAGAGUUAUGUCGAGAUUACGGCGGCUACAUUUCGGUUAUUUCUCUCAUCCUAUUUGUUAUUAUAUUGAUCGGUGGAGCAAUUUCGGCAGGAUUUGUCUACAGAAGCCGCAAAUUUGAGAAGGAACUAGCAAUGAUAUGGAAAAUCGAAGUGCGUGAAGUACAAGGAUUAAUGCAGGGGAACGCAUCCACAACAUCUCUAUUUCCGGACGGAAACGAUAUGGGUGAUCAUACGUGGUACACUGGUCAGGAUGCUGAGAAGAAGGGCUCAGGUUUACGAGGUGUUGCGUAUUACAAAGGGACUCUUGUCGCUUUGAAAGAAUUAACUUAUUCGCGAAAGCCACGAGAGCUGACAAGACAGUAUAAAAUUGAGAUGAGAGUGAUGCGCCAACUGACACAUCCUAAUAUCAACAGUUUUAUGGGAAUAAUCGUUUGCCCGUAUUCGAUUUGCAUCGUGCGCGAAUUCUGUGCAAAAGGUUCGCUGAUGGAUAUUCUCCAGAAUCGCGAGUUCAAACUUGACCAUCUUUACGUCGCCUCUUUUGUCGAAGACCUGAUUAAUGGAAUGGUUUACUUACAUGAUUCGGAGCUAAAAGUUCAUGGAAACCUAAAAUCCACAAACUGUUUGAUAACUUCGCGUUGGGCACUGCAGGUUGCGGAUUUUGGACAUCAUGAAAUUCGCGAGGGUCGGCAAUGGGAAAACGAAGAAUCUCGGUGGAUGAGCUACCUUUGGUGUGCACCUGAAUUGCUACGAGAGAGCGAGUUAAAGCAUUCUGUGAAAGGUACUCAAAAGGGUGAUGUCUACGCGUUCGGAAUCAUACUUCAUGAAAUUUUGACGAGGCAGGGACCAUUCCAGAUUUUCGCUAAGAGCGACACACAAGUUCCCGAGAUUGUUGCACGUGUUGCUGGCGGUACCUGUAGCAGGCCAAACCUUUCCUGCAUCGAAGGUCAGGACUAUGUCAUAGAAACUAUGAGACUAUGCUGGUCCGAAUAUCCAGAAAAUCGACCAGAUUUCAAGAAUGGUAUUCGGCAAAAGCUGAAACCAAUGUUUGCUGGUAUUUACAAGCGGAAUAUCAUGGACCAUAUGAUGGUGAUGAUGGAAAAGUACCAGAAUCAGUUGGAAGACCUAGUCGAUGAACGAACAGCUGAACUACGUGAGGAACAAAAACGCAGUCAACAUUUGUUGCAGCGCAUGCUACCGAGAAGCGUUGCUCAGCAGCUCUUAGAUGGACAAGACGUCAUACCUGAAUCAUUUCCAUCUGUUACUAUCUAUUUCUCAGAUAUUGUGGGCUUUACGCGUAUUUCUGGCGAGUCUACUCCGAUGCAGGUUGUGGCAUUUCUCAACAAACUUUAUACUAAAUUUGAUAGGAUUAUUCAAAAGUACGAUGUGUACAAAGUAGAGACUAUUGGCGAUGCUUACAUGGUUGUGUCAGGCGUGCCUAACUUCAAGGAAACCCAAUUUCACGCCAAGGAAAUAGCGUUGAUGGCUUUACGAUUAUUGAGAGCCGUGCGAAACUUUAAAAUUCCACAUCGACCCAAUGAACAACUGAUGCUGCGAAUAGGAAUUCACACCGGAAGCUGUGUUGCUGGAGUUGUAGGCAAAACAAUGCCGAGAUACUGCUUGUUUGGUGACACAGUGAACACGGCAAGUCGAAUGGAGAGCAACGGAGAACCCUUGAAGAUUCACUGUUCACAACCUACACGAGAUGUACUGGCGAGUAUUCCCGGUUUUGUUCUGGAAGAACGAGGCACGCUAACCAUUAAGGGCAAAGGACAGAUGACCACUUAUUGGCUGCUGGAUGCUGAGGGCUAUGAAUUUUCGGAUGAUGACGAUGAACAACGUGAAGAGCCCAGUCUAGCACCCGAAAUAUUCCCUAGGAAUUCUACAUUUAGAACGAUACGUGGAUCAGGAUUUGCUCUUAAUCGGGAAUCUACUGUUUCGUUAUCCACACAGAAGGACCAGUCGUUCCUGAAGCGUUUUAUAGGGACCGUGAGACCGUCAGCACAGGCUAACGAUUCUCAGUCUAGUGCUUUCUACUCAGCACUUAAUGGUGGAGUUGUGUCCAUGGGCAAUUCGUACAAAGAACUUCCUAGUGUUCAUGAAGAAGAUUCGCCGAAUGCGUCUCGUCAAGCCAACAAUUACAACCAUAGGAGCGUUCGACGACCUCCAUUUUCAUCAACGAGGAAUUGUUAUCAACAUGUGAACCGAUCCUCGUUCCCCACCGACAGUGAUGUGGUUCUUCGGAAAAGGUCUACGUCACUUCCUGAUGGUGAGGUGCUUAACCUGGAUGUUGUUGGUCCGGUUACUGGCGCAAACUCUACCGCACCCGUUUCGUCGUACUGCUCCCCAUGCACACGACGGAACACUGCAGAAUCGAGUAGCUCCAGAACGAUGCAGUCAGCAUCGCCAAGCCCUAGUCAGUACCCUUCGUAUAAAGAUCUCGCUGAUCUUCCUGCUAUUCCAAGGAAGCAAGGGAUGGUAUUCAUUGUGCGACCUUCUAGAAAGCGUUCGCUCUCGGUCGGCGACAACGUGCAACACGCUACGCCACUGUCGUUUGAGGAGGAUACAUCGCUUAAGGUAGAUCCUGACGAUCCAUUAAUUAGUCCUCCACGCAAACCGCGACGCCAACGCCGACGAUUCAAGAGUAAAGAUCGGAAGUCCUUACUAUCGCUGCAGCACCUUCGAGAUCCGUCUCCGUUGCAGCGGCUACGCGAUGCUUCACCAUUUGGCAGGCAUUUAUGGAAUGGAGGAGAACGCACUGUCAAUCGUUUCUUGCGAAGGUUGGCGAAUGGAAUGGGAUCUCAGUACAUCGAUCUUAACAACUCCACUGAUGACAAUUCCGAUUAUCACUCUGGAACUGCAGUGAGCAAAGUCCCACUCCUACCCAAGGCAUGUGAGAAAGAAGCGAACGAUAAGGAUGGUCAAACAGAUCCCCUUAUUCCGAUAAAUUCACCGCUUAUGAAUAUGCCCAUAAACAAAGUUGAAAACAAACUUCGACAAGAGAAUGAACAACGAAAGGAUCAUUCACCACUUUUACAAGCAAUCCUGGAAUCUCGCAGUAGCCGAGACACCUCAACGGGACGUUCCGAUUCGCAACGAAUUCUUCCCGAAGCGUCAGCUCCGAAUCCACCUACAGAUCGUGGGAAUCUCAGCUCAUUGCAAGCGCUUCUUGCUGCCCCGUUCAGUUCACCGCAUAAACGUGAACUGACCGAGCAGGACCUUACGGAACCUGUACAUUCUAAAAAUGAUGUUGUUCUUCGUGCUUUAUUAGAUCUUCCUCGAUUGGAUGAGCGUCAGAGGACGGAAAUAAUUAGGGACACAGCGAGUGACGAUGAGAAUCUCUCGCCAGAAACACAGAGCUCUUCACAGCAUAACGAAAUGCAACCGUUAACAAUGCCUCAACAUGAUCCAUCCGAUAACUCAACGGUGACUCAGAUAAAAUUACAUCUUGCCUAUGUAUUCUAUCAAUUAGCUAAAAGUACCGCCGUUUCAAACAAUUCUGUUAAUAAACAAUGA